AUGAAGUUUUUCUUGUGUUGCGGGUCUGGGGCUCGGCAGCGGCAGCAGCAGCCACCGGAGGAGUCGAGAUUGCUGGUGGUGCCACAAGCUCGCCCCAUCAUUGGGCGGAAGCGGGGAAGGGAGAGGCGUUGUAGGGUUCUUGAUUGGAGACCUUCUCUUUCAUCAAUUUUGGAGGAUAACGUUUUGCCGGAGAGGAAUCAGUUACAACCACCGCCGCCGCAGAGCCUUAGGAGGAAGGGUGGUGGUGCAUCCAUUUCAGCUCGAGAUCGUGCGCAUUCUUCGCAUCAAAAUGGUGUCAGUGUCCCUGUCGCAAUAGCUAGGGGCUUAAGCUUUCUGCCCAACUUGUCUAAUAGAAUAGCUGCUUAUAAGAAUGCAGGCAUUUCUGCAGCAUGUCAUCUAUGGAUGUUUUCUCCGGGUGUUAGAGACUCUGGCGACUUGACCGGAGUUCAGGUUGAGUGGGGUCCAAAGAUCCACAGUCUGACUUUGUCGACUGUGGUUUCUUGUUUGUACUUCACCGGGAUUGGAGGCUUUUAA